CUAACCCUAACCCCUUCAUCAUGAAAAAGCAGAGACAACAAUCGGUUGCUUCGAGAAACACACGUACGAGGUUCAGUUCUCAACCAAAAAGAACCACCGCUGCUUUUUAUUUACCCGAUGAAUGUUGGCAACUUGUCUUCAAAUUUCUCAACAACGGUGACGACAACCGUUAUUUGAAGACUCUCUCCCUCGUUUCCAAACAGUUUCUCUCUAUCACCAACCCUCUCUUAUUCUCACUCAUAAUUGACCACCGACUACUCUCCUUCCUCCCUCGUCUUUUCCAUAGGUUCACCAACCUCACCUCCCUUGUCUUCGCUCGCAACUGCCUUGAUAUCGACAAGCUACUUAGCGAAAUCUCUUGUUUCCCAUUGAACCUAACAUCACUUGAUAUUUCCAACCAACCCACCAUCCCUGCAAUUGGAUUGCGAGCUUUCUCCCAAAAUAUUACAACUUUAACCUCACUCACUUGUUCCAAAAUGGAUUCUAUCAAUAGCAAUGACUUGUUACUCAUUGCUGAAUGUUUCCCUUUGCUCGAAGAACUCAACCUGGGUUAUCCCCGUAAUAAAUUUAAGGAUCAUAGUAACUUCCUUAAUGGGUUGGAGACUCUUUCAUUGGCACUUUCCAAACUCACCAGGAUUAAUCUCUCUGACCAUUACUACAUCAACGACAUAUCACUUGUUCACUUGUUUAAGAACUGCAAGCUUCUCCAAGAGGUUAUCAUGUUUGAGUGUGAUGGCAUAACCAAAGCUGGCAUUUUUUUCAGCUCUCCAUGAGAGACCAACAUUGAGGUCUUUAUCCUUUACCGAUCACGAAUCAAGAAACUUCGCAACGCUGUUUGCACUCGUUAAGAACUAUCCUUCACUUAGUGAGAUUAAACUGGAAUACACAUAUUUCACAAAAAAUAAUAUGGAGAAUUCUUAUUCUUUGAUGGAUUUUGUUGUAAGCCCCAACUUAAAGUCUCUAUGUUUGGGUCACAGUUUACAGUUAAGAGAUGAAAACAUCAAAGUCUUAGCUUCCAUCUUUCCCAAUUUAGAGCUGCUUGAUUUGAAAAAUUGCUAUGACAUAUCUAAAGAAGGUAUUUUUCACAUUUUAAGAAGAUGUCAUAACAUUAGACAUUUGAACUUAUCAUAUACAAGUGUUGAUGAUGAAGCACUCUAUAUGAUCUCAAAGAGUUGUGGUGGACUUUUACAACUGUUACUGAAAGGAUGUGAUAAUGUCACAGAAAAGGGAGUGAAGCAUGUGGUAGAAAACUGCACGCUACUCAAAGAGAUUAAUUUGCAGAAUUGUGGUAAAGUGAAUGGCAAUAUUGUUGACGAGAUGGUAGUUUCAAGGCCAUCAUUGAGAAGGAUAGAAGCUCCGCCUGCAUGGGAUUGGAGUUACGAAAAGAAGGAACUCUACUCGCGCCAUGGAUGUGUUGUUCACUAGUAUUCUGAAAUGCUCUGCCGAAGUUCAAACUCUAAAAUGUCAAAUUUUUCUUUUUUUACAGAUUUACUUCUGUUAGAAUUUACUUUUUUAAUGUCAGUUAUGAUAAGAAUGUUAUAACUUUGUAUUCUCUGUAGUGUUUCUUUUAUGUUGUUGGAUGGUGCAAUUACAUAAUGAUAUUCG